AUGGGAGAAAAAAUAUCCAUAAAACAGAAUGCAGAUAUACAUACUGAAGUCCUAGGAAACUAUAGAAAGGAAGACAGCGAACUUACCAACGAAGAUUUCGUUGAGAUCAUCAUGUAUCGAUUUAUGAGGGAUGAAAGUGGCAAUUUCAUAGAUAUGGAAUACAUGUACCAUGAGAAGAGUUACAAUUCCUUGAACGGGGAGGACAUAACCGUCCGGAGAGGCCGACCCGACGAGGGAGACGAGAUUCCCAUAACCUAUAGAAACCUAGGAAUGAAAAGAUGCAAAACCAAAGUCCCAGUUUCCUAUAAAACACAGAGGAGGAAGGAUGUUAGAGGAAAUGCGAAGCUGGAAUCCUACGGCGUCGUAAGAAGGAGGAGGGAGGCAUAUCAAGACGCCACAGUAGAAUUCAUACUCUAA